AGUGUUCAGGCCUAAUAUCACGAUUGAUCUCGGUUGUACUUACAUGUGUCAAAAAUGAAUCUGGGUUCUAAUGGGUUUUUUCCUCCUAGGAAUAUGUGUUUUGUUUUUGUCGGUCAUAUAUCUUUGUUGACAUAAAUGGGCUAAUGUUCGUUGCUUAGUUUUAUUUUUAACAGAGCUUCUGCAGUAAUAUUACUCUAGCUAGAUCUAUUACUAGACAAUAACAUCUAAAAUGGCCUCAGUGACAGAAAGACUUACAAAUGUUUUGAAUUCUGCUUGUGUGGCUUUUGGUGUGUCUAUGGCUAAAGAUACAGGUAUUUUGCAAGCUCUAAUGGAUUCGGAGAGACCUUUGACAUCACAGGAAAUAGCAGACAAUAAAAGUUUAAAAGAACGAUAUGUUAGAGAAAUCCUUUCAAGCCUUGGUACAGCCGAAUUGCUUCACAUGACCACUAACGAAAAAGGACAAUUGUUUUUUCAUUUAGAAGAAGAUGAUAAGAAAGCCUUGAAAUCGCCCCUCUAUGGCUUCAUUUCAUUCCCACUUGUAUUUAGUCCCAUUUAUGAACAAGUGAAAUCCUGCUUCAUGUUGGAGGGCCCACUUGGCACAAGGUACACAGACACUGUUCAUAACUUCAUUGAUGAAAUGAAUGUCUCACGAGUUGACAUCUAUUCUUCUUUGUUCCUUGAGCAUACCGAUGAACUGAAAGAAAAACUAGAAUCUGGAAUUCAAGUGAUUGAGUUUGGAAGUGGCCGAGGUCGUCUGAUUGCUAAACUGGCCACCAUGUUCCCUAACAGCACUUUUACAACUUCAGAAAAUGUGGAAAAACUGUUAGAUCUGCAAAGAGAGAGGUGGGGUCAUAUCCCCAACAUUUCAUACAAACUAUAUGACCUCUGUGCACUUCCUGAGAACUUGACAGAGCAGUACGAUUGGGCUUUUUGUGUGGAUGUCAUUCAUGAUCUCCCAAAACCUCUAGAAGCAUUGAAAGGAAUUUGCAAUCUGCUCAAAGCAGGGACUGGAGUGUUUACGUUUAUAGACGUGGCAUCGUCUGGAAGUCCAAUUGAAGACAAAGGAAAUAUGAGCGUUGCCUGCUUCUAUUCCGCAGGGUCAUUUUUAUGUAUUCCUGAAAGCUAUCAACACCCGGACAGUAUGGCGCUAGGUCCUUGUUGGGGACGACAAACAGCAAUCAACUUGGCUACUGCGGCAGGUUUUCAAGAUGUAAAAGAUUACCCAGCAGACAAAUUACAAAGAAUUUUUGUUUGCAAGCCGUAAAAAAGCACUGCUGAACCAAUACUACUAUAUCGGGGAAAAUGUAUGCUAGUCAUGUAGUGUAUAUUUUGUUUCGUAAUUUUCUUUCAUUUCUACAGAACUUCAUUUUUAUCAAUUUUUUAAAUAAAAUUGUACAUUAUUUUUUAGCGUCCCCUAAAGGGGAAAAGACGCUAUUAGUUUUUUCUGUCUCGUUUCGUAAACUAGAAAAAAUGAUGAAAAUCCGACAUCAUAAUGUUUUAGAACAUUCAAAGUUCUGAUGCACGGCUGAAAGCGAAAUAUCUAAUUUUUAAAAUCAAAUAUGCAAUAUGUUUUUUUUCAUAAAAAUACACUACUUUUACAACUAUUCACUAUUAAUAGUAACAAACACAAGAGCCUAUUUAGUAAGGGAGAUUACUAUUUACCAUAUUUAUAACACAUUUAUGCAAACGGUUUUAGAUUUUUUGUCAAUUUAUUUUAUUAUGAUUAUAUUGCUAAGUUACGUAAGUUCUAUCAUACUAACUACUAUAUUUACAAACAAAAUGUUAACUUUUUUUUUAAAGAGAAAAAAUGUCUUUAAUAUGCAUAUAAGUGGAUCAUAAUUUAAAACAACAAUUAAUAAGUAGUUUUUCAUGUUAUCGCGUGACCUGCGGAGCAUGGCAACAUCAACGGUACACCUUAACUAAAGGAAAUUUUAUUUUUCUAGAGGCUUUGAAUAAGAGAUUGACCCUUUACAAAACAAUUAGAUCAAUAAGAUAUUCAUUAUAAUACAUCAGUUAGGCCAGGUUCACAUCCAACUUCACUUUCACCUAUCCCUUGGACUGCUGGACCGCUGGGGCACCACACAAGAUCUGGCAACCUUCUUUCUCCAUUCUUCUCUGUCAUUUGCCUUUGAUAGAAUUUCAUUCUGAUAUUCUUUCUGAAAAUAUUGAAACCUGCCUUUUUACCUGCCUGGGUAGAUUACUUCGGGGGCCGAUUUUGAGUUUGUGUUUCCACACAAACUGUCAUAUUUUAUUCAAAUUUUCUUAUUCAUAUGAUCAGAUUAUUGUGUUUUUUUCCCUCUUUAGCACUCCUUGUGUAUGACUUAAGACUGAUGCUUUAUUGACUUGUUUUAUUUAUUUCUUCAAAAAAUGAUAUAAAGUUUUAUGAUUUGUGUAAACUCACUCAAAACACACAUUCAUCAAAGUCGAAUAUUCGUUUUAUUUAUCUAUUCAUUAUUUGUAUUCCGCAGAAAAGUUAUUAGAUAUUAUUUCAAUAUUUGAUUUACUUCAUUAGAACUGUGAAAUACGUAUCAAUUACUUUUUUGCAAGCUAUGAUGUUACCAAACAUAAAUAUCUUGAAGUAUUUCUAAUGAUUUUUUUGAAAUGAAACAUUUCUUUUAUAGUAAAAUGAACAUAAUAAUUUUAAAGAAUGUUCAUUA